CUGGGUUGGCCGCUCCGGCGGCCGCGAACGCUGCUCCUCAGGCUGAGGUGGCAGAGGGUCCGGAGGCGGGUCCGCGGCGAAGGCGAAGUCGGAGCCGACGGAGAAUAAUGAAUGGACCCUGGUACGUCGACAGUCGCGAGCGGAUUCUCAAGUUGGGCGACAGUUUUGAGAAGCAGCCGCGAUGCGCCUUCCACACGGUGCGCUAUGACUUCAAACCAGCUUCUGUUGACACUUCUUGUGAAGGAGAACUUGAGGUCGGCAAAGGUGAACAGGUGACAAUAACUCUGCCAAAUAUAGAAGGAUCAACUUCACCAGUAACUGUUUUUAAAGGUUCAAAGAAACCUUACUUAAAAGAAUGCAUUUUGAUAAUUAACCAUGAUACUGGAGAAUGUCGACUAGAAAAACUCAGCAGCAACAUCACUGUAAAAAAAACAAGAGUUGAAGGAAGCAGUAAAAUUCAGUCUCGUGUAGAGCAUCAGCAGCAACAAAUGUGGAAUUUAACUAGGACUCCCAAUCUUGUAAAAGAUUCUCCAUCCGAAGACAAGAUGUCCCCAACAUCUCCGAUGGAUGAUAUUGAAAGAGAACUGAAGGCAGAAGCAAGUCUGAUGGACCAGAUGAGUAGUUGUGAUAGUAGUUCAUCAGAUUCUAAAAGUUCAUCAUCUUCAAGCAGUGAGGGUAGUUCCAGUGACUCAGAAGAUGAAGAGUACAGACCCUCUCCAUCUGAUCCAGGGAAUUAUAUCUCUGGAGAUCCUACCAUGUCUGCCAUGCCACAAUGCAGGAUUCCUGAUGUAGAUGCUGUUCAUAAUAGAUAUCAUAACAACAGUGGCCUUCUGAUGAAUACUUUAAGAAACGAUUUGCAGCUGAGUGAUUCAGGAAGUGAUACUGAUGAUUGAAGAAACAUUCAGCUAUAAAUAUAAAAUUUACAAGACAUAUGACAAUAUAUUUUAUACUAAGAAAAAAAAUUCCUAAGACUGAGGAAAAUGUACUUUAAGUGGUAAAAGAAAUUAAAUUUGAUUCAGAAUUUUCUAUUGAUGUUACAUUUUUUAACCUUUUAUGAGAACCUGCAUUUCCAUGUGUUUUCAUUUAAUCCUAAAAGUUUUUUGAAGUUUUUUAAAAGAAUUUUCUUUUAAUUCCACUUGCUCUUUUUUUAAAAUAUAUUUUUAUUGAUUUCAGAGAGGAAGGGAGAGGGAGAGAGAGAUAGAAACAUCAACGAUAGAGAGAAUCA